AUGAGUGGAAGCGCUGCAGUGGGUGGAAAGUUGUCCAGAGAGGACUUUCGCAAAGAGAAGCUGAUUGAAGAGCAGCGAAAAGCAGGAACGCUUCCAGCUGAAGUCGAUCCAGAAACUGGCCGAGAUAUCAACCCUCACAUUCCUCAGUAUAUUUCCAAACCACCAUGGUACCUUGAUAUUCAACAUGCUACUCUAAAGCAUCAACGGUAUGAAGAUGCAUCUGUUUCUUCAGACAUGAACACUUGGUAUGCUCGAGGUUCUCGUCAAGGUCCCGCUGCAACUAAAUAUCGAAAGGGAGCUUGUGAAAACUGUGGAGCCAUGACCCACAAAACAAAGGAAUGUAUGGAUAGACCAAGAAAAAAAGGAGCAAAAUGGUCUGGUCAAGGAUUUCAAGCUGACGAAGUCAUCCAACAGGUUCAGCUUGGGUUUGAAGGCAAACGUGAUCGCUGGAACGGAUACAAUGCCAUGGAUCAUAUUAAGCAGGUCGAGGAAUGGGAGGUGAUUGAGGAAAAGCGACGCUUGAAGCGAGAAAAGGAAGCUCAGGAGGCUUUGGCUGCUGCUGCUGCUAAAACAACUGCUGCCAAGACUAAUGAAUCUGCUGCAUCUAAACUGGACGGAGUUGCUGCUGUUCAUAAUGGAGAUGCUGAUGGAUUCAAACAACCCGCUCCUAGAUCUGGACUUGUGAGUGCCGAAGUUGCCGCUGCUGCCGCCGCCGCUGCUGCUGCUGUUGAUGAUUCCAGCGACGACGAAGAUGAAGACAAGUAUGCUGAAAAGGCUAAUGUUGCAGGCCAAAAACUGGAUACCAAAUCGCGCAUUACUGUCCGUAACCUUCGUAUUCGUGAAGACACUGCAAAAUACCUCCGCAAUUUGGACGUCAAUUCUGCUCAUUACGAUCCUAAAACAAGAUCAAUGCGUGCCAACCCUCACAAUGACAAGGAUGCCAGCGAGGUCACUUAUGCUGGAGAUAAUAUUUUGCGGUAUUCUGGAGAUGUGUCCAAGAUUGCUCAAUUGCAAUCUUUUGCCUGGCAGGCUGAAGGUAGAGGAAAAGAUGUCCAUCUUCAAGCCAAUCCCACUCAAGCCGAAUUGUUAUACAAGGAAUAUCAGGCAAAAAAAGGACAGGUUGCAGAAACUCAAAAAAAGUCAAUUUUGGAAAAAUAUGGUGGAGCCGAACAUUUAGAUGCACCACCCAAAGAACUAUUGCUGGCAGAAACAGAGCAUUAUGUAGAAUAUUCUGAAACUGGAAGAUUGAUCAAGGGACAAGAACAGGCAAAGCAAAAGUCAAAAUACGAGGAAGACAUAUUCCCCUUGAAUCACACUACAAUUUGGGGAUCAUGGUGGAAGGAUGGCCAAUGGGGAUAUGCUUGCUGUCACGCAAUACUACGUGCAUCCUAUUGUGGUGGAAAAGCAGCGAUCGAGGCAGCAAAAGCAUCACAUGAACAACUGAUUCAAUCUUCUCUAUCCAACACUAAUACUACAGCACCACCCAAGAAAUCUCUUCUUGAACAGUAUGUUCAACGUGCAUCUAAAGAAGGGCCAGCCAUGUCCAAAACCGAUUAUUCAACUAAAACUCGACUUGGUGAAGGGGAUGCACUAUUGGAUUUAAACAAACUGGCUCAAGCCCGCGAAGCUGAACAAAAGCGCAAGUCUAUGGGUGUAUCCGAGUUAAAUGGUGACCAACGUGAUGGCAAGCGCAAGUACAACUCUUUCAAUGGCUCUGGAGAGCUUACAGAGGAGCAGUUGGAAGCUUACCGAAUGGAGCGUCAACGCGGCGAAGAUCCUAUGGCUAAUUAUAUUGAUGAAGAAUAGUGUAUCUCUGAUGGUUCCACCAUCUUUAAAUAAACAAACUACUAUUUUAGCU